GUUGGCGGUCACCUGGUUCUCAGUCCUCUACACAGCCCACGCGACAAAUAUAUUUAAGCGCACUGACAGUUUCGCUAUCGACUGACUGGAAAGAAGUACGGUGAAUCGCGUUUGCUAUUUACGAUUUCCUCUAAAAGAGAAGCACGUUCCCUUCCGGAUUCGUGAGUGCACGACACGUGGUGCGAGUGACGAAAUAAGGGAAGAAGACCGCGGGGAUACUUGCUAGUCGAGAGGAUACUGAAGGGGCGAGGAAACGCGUUGCUCUCUCGGUAAUUUUCACCCAGAAUCCUUAAACACCAGGGGACGAAAUGAGCUUCUUGGCUGAUACCUUGAAACAUACCAAAAAAGUACCUAACCUGCAGAGCAAGCAAAGUAUAACUGCGAAGAGGCACGAACUAAACCUAGUGUACGAAACGCCGGCCAAUUAAAACGUUCCGAGUUUUUCGAGAGAAAUAAAGGAUUUAAAAGAGAAAUAAGGAACACCACGUAUUCGAAAUCUGGAACGGAUAAGAGAGGGUCCGCAAAAUGGAUUCGCCUGUCGUCGUGGACAAAGCAUCCGAAUUCGGAGACCCGAUCGAUUUGGACCGUCCGUUCCCCGCAUUCCCGUUUGACGACGACAAUUUCGGUCGACGAAGCGAUAUACGCGCUCAUCUGGACGAUCUAGCUGCCCGUCAUCCGGAACUCGCCGAACACUUGUUGGGUCCACCUUGGGGCGACGUGCCUUUUCACGGUUCGUUCCGCAAUCGUAAUCGUGCCAACGAUAACUACAGUAGCAACGACAACGGUCAACAGCAGCAGCAAAGUCACGGUGACGAAGACGCGAAGAGUCAGGCGAGUGGUAGCAGCGCCGGUAGCUCUUACGAAGAACCGGAUAAUCGGAAUCAACAAGAAAGAGAGGAACAAAAUAGGAACAGGAAGAUACCUCAAUACGGAUUACGAAACACAGUGGACAUAGGUCAGCACCGUCACAAUAUGGAGAAUCCAGACAAAGGAAAUCGCAACCAGCGUUCAAUGUCCGCUCCGCCGGAGAACAGACAAUCUGAUAAUCAGCAGCAACCUCAGCAACAGCAAGAUCAGACGCAGCCACAGCAAGGACAAAGAUACGUUUCGAGGAUAGAUAUUACGCCACAGCACAAUCAACCACCACCACAGCAGCAGCAGCCGCCGUCGCAGCAACAACAGAAACCUCAGCAGCAAAGCAAUGUUAGACAUAUUCCAAUUUUUGUCGAAGGUAGGGACGAGCCUGUACUCCCGAGGAGUUUCGCUGAAGAGGCUCCCUACUUCCGAAGGGAACCGUCGCCGACACAAUUCAGUACACCGCCACAUUUCCCACGGCACGAUUCAUCUUUCGGUUCGCGUUUCGGCGGGCGGCACCAUCAGUGGCCUCCGCAUUUUCAAGAUUCUUUUUAUCCGGCGUCCAGCACGUUCGAGAAUCCUCCCAGAAAGCAGCAGCAACAGCAUUACGAGCAGCCGCGACAGCAGCCUAAGCAAACUCAGCAACAUGACGAACAGCCGAAGCAACAAUGGCAGAAACCCGAGCAGAAACAAGCCGAGCAACAAGAGGCUGCACCACCGAAACCUAAACCUACUCUCCCGAAAGAUCCUUUGGAGAGGGUGGCUCUCGUGCAGAAAGAAGUCGACUCGCUAGCCGAACAGGUCAACCAGUACACUGGGAACUCAAGGACGGACAAACAGUACAUUUACCUGGACGAGAUGCUUACCAGAGAGCUGAUCAAAUUAGACGAUAUUGAGACUGAGGGGAGGGAGAACGUCCGACAAGCGCGUAAAAACGCGAUAAGGACUAUUCAAGAAACGAUUAGUUUGUUGGAAUCAAAAGCGCCACUUGUUUCGCGACAGACGUCGAUGGAAGAGCAAGCAAGGUGCGAAGAUCAGGAGGAGAAGAGUAAAACAGAGGAAGAAGCAAGGCCGGAGGUAAUGGACAUUGAUCAAAAAUCUGAUGGACAAAACAAGGAAGCUAUACCAUUACCGCCUGGUCCGUCUUCUCCGACGAAACCGUCUGAAGAGAGCGAACAGUCUUCCGCGGAGAAAGCGACGGAGGAUACCGAGCGACGACAGCAGGAAGAACCGAUGGACACGGGCACGACACCGGCGACUUCGUCGAUAGCAGAUUCGUCGGAGCAGAGCUCGGAGCAGACGAAUCUUACGGAAGAAAAAGAGAACGCUGAGAAGAAAGAGGAGCUUACCUCCGAAGGGGGAAAUUCGGAAAAAGUGAAGAACGUUUUCGAGGAGAUCAAGCCGGAGAAUGUUAGCAGUGAAACGGAGGCUGAAGCAAAACCAGAAAAAGUCGAGGAUACCCAGAAAACAGAAGAGAAAAUGGAUGUGGACAGCAGCGAGGUGAAACAGUCGUCGAAAUCGUCGAAAACGUCCAAAUCACCGAAGAAAGGAAAGAAGACGAAAAAGCAGACGCCGGUUUCAGACACGCCGAUACCGUUACCGGCACCAGAUAAUGCCGAGGCGAAUACGAAGUAAAAUAAAAGCUGGAAUAGAACACCGGAGUGUGUUCGCACGAUUUGUUAUUAUUCGCACUGAGACGUCUCUUCGUAUAGCCUUCUUCCUGGCCUUUGCUAGUCAAGAUGGGAAUCGUUAUUUAAAAAAGGAGUUCGAAGUUUCGAAAACAUGAACGGAAGAAGGUCCUUCUCAGCCAUAGUCUCCUCCAUUCUCUCGAGCUUGUUCGUUUUUGGUGCCAGUCGAUACGGAGUCGUGGAUCGACUUGUUUCGAACGAUCGCGCAACUUGCGUUUUUGUCUUUUUUCCCUUUUCCGUGUGUUUCGUUCUCUUGAAAUUACCGUAUCGCAUAUACUUCGCGAUUGUUUCUGUAGAUAGUGUAAAAUGAUCUCGACAUGGAAGACCAUCGAUUUACCUCGGCGAUUGUUCUUUCCUUUUUCGAGUAAUAACAUUUUUCAUUUAUCGGAUAAUUUAUUUUGAUUCUUUCGAUUCUAAUGGAACGCGUGGACAAAAGGAGGAGAAAACGGUAUCGAUGACGAUCGAAAGAGACAAUGUGGUUCAUAAGAGGUAUAAGAAAGUUCUUAUACUUAACUAAGUAGUUCACGUCAGUUUUUUAAUUACAUUACUUGGAAUUGUAAUAUGAUCGCGAGAAUUUUUAUCUAAGUGCAUCGAACGAUGUUGGUGAUGUUUCUACGUUCACAAACGCGCCUUCUCUAUGCUUAGUAUUACUCCGCAUGGCCUGCCGGAUGAUGGAACAAAUCUUAACGUUAUUAAUUAUUUAUAAUUUAUUAGGCCGAUUUGUUGAACAAUUCGUGCACGAUUUCACCGUGCUCUUGUGGAAUAAACUGCUAAAAGAUAAUAGUUCAAGAAUUCACAGAUUUUUACACGUAUGUAAUGAACGAUGAGAGCGUUCCCUCUAAGAAUUUGCAGGUUGACCUUCCUCUUUUCUGGAAAAGGUUUCAAAUUACUGUAAGAUAAAAAAUUUAUUUUUACAGCUUAUAUUUUCCAAUAAGAAUCAUAUCUGUGAAUUUUUGCAAAUCGACUUUCUUUCUCCAACAACUAUGUAGUCACCGACGACUUGAGUGUGGUGCAUACGAACCUCGUGUGUACGUAAUUAGGAUCGUAUGUGGUCGUCUCGUAAGAGAAAGAGAAAUGAUGCAUCUUGUCUAACAUCGCCCUAAACUGAAAUUAAACAGUUCUUGACAGAAGUUAUCAAAUUUUCUCGUUGCUCGCUUCGAGGACAGACAAAUGGUAACGAAAUAUGGGACGCACUAUUUUAGGGUUCCUUCUGCAGGGUGGAACUCAUCGUCAUUCUCCGUAUUUUCUCUUUUGUUUUAUUCUCCUUUCCUGUACGAUGUGUCUCGUUUACGUAAAGAUCGUGUGUUUUCUCAGACGUAAGUUUUGUAUUACUUCUCGACUGUGCGUACGUGUGUGCACGCGUGCGAGCGCGCGUGCGUGCAUGAAAGAAUAAAUGAGCGAACAGAGAUGUGUGUACGAUUAAAAAUAAAUGAAAAAACUAUCGAUAGAACGUUGUAUAAACGAGUAAAAAUAAUUAUUUUAUGAACAAACUCGUUCAAUUAAGAAAAAAAAAUACAGACUCUCCACUAUUUAAAUCGUA